GUGCGUACUCCACGUGACUUUACCUCCAUGUACUUAGAUGGCGGGAGGUUGCAAAUGGGAAAACGAAAGAAUUUACAUGAUUGUAUAUCGUUAGUACAUCAUUGUACAUCAAUUGAUUUUGUUUGUAGUCUCGUAGAUAAUUAAUCCAUUUUAAUUUUUCCAAUGAUGUCGGGUUGAGGAUUCUUUCCUCAGAAAAAAUUAACUGAGUGUUUUUAAUUGUGGGAAUGGGUGGUCCCAGGCGCUGGAAUAAAUACAACAAGAAUAAGAGAAAAUCUCCCGAUGAUCCGGCACCGUCGAAGGCUCCUGAUGAUAGCCUGGAAGGAACUUCAGACGGGCUUUCAAUACACGAAAAUAAUAAUGAAGAUGAUCCGACGUUGGACGUUUACGAGGCUAGACAGAACCCAGAUCACUCGUUAUAUGGUUUCCACCUCUACUUCGAUAAAUUACCCAAAACCACCGAGAGAUACAUCAUCGAUCGCACAAAAUCAGGGGAAUCGUUCUUCAAGCGUAAUCCAGAUGCCCUGAUCCCCAGCAAGUCUGGGCCCUCCUUCAACAUCGACAUGAAACGACUCUCCAGCGAUCCAGAAUUUGCAGGAGAAUGGGAAACCUUUAAAGAUGACAUCGAGAAGAGCCCCAGAGAGACCCUGAACGUCCUAGGUCUCGCCCUCCAUCAAGUGCUCGUGCAGUCCCAGCUGAGCAAAACGAGCCUCAACUCCAAGGAAGACAUCAACUUGCCGAUGAUUCGAGUCAAGCUGGUCAAUUACAAGCCACUGGUGGCUCUCCGGGACAUCAUGAUCGAUUCCUAUGGGAAACUGAUAGCCACCAGAGGUUGUGUCAUAAGGGUGGGAAGGCCCAAGUACAUGGCCCAGUGGCUGCCCUUCUCCUGCGAUAAAUGCCACCAUUGGACGGUGAUCAGACAGCCCGAUGGUAUUUACAAACUUCCAAAGAAGUGCAAAGCAUGUGGAACGUGCAAGUUCACUCCCAGAUUGGACUCACCACACGUCAAGACAGUUCCAUUUCUCGUGAUCAAAUUGCAGGAGCAUUUUGAUGACAAACAGGACGAGAAGGGCAAGAUGCCGAGGGUUGUGGAGGUGGAGUUGAUUGACGACUUGGUAGACAGCUGCAUGCCUGGAGAUGACAUCACCAUCGUGGGGAUCGUGAAGAUCAGAGGGACUGAUGAUGGCUCGGAAAGGAGGAAAACCACUGCUGAGGCCAAUGCCCUGUACAUCGAAGCUAUUUCCGUGAUGAAUAAUAAGAAUAAAGCGAGGAAUAGAACGGCUCUGGGAGUUGACUUGGAUCACCAGGACUACGUUUUUAUCAAGCACAUUCAUGACAAUCCAGAUGUCUUCUCACUGCUCGUGAGAUCACUGUGUCCAGCCAUUUACGGGAAUGAGAUGAUCAAGGCUGGGCUCCUGCUGAGCCUCUUUGGAGGAUGUGCCAAGCAUGACUCGCUAAGGAAUGAUCUCCAUGUGCUGCUGGUGGGGGAUCCGGGACUUGGCAAGUCCCAACUGUUGCAGGCGUGCUCGAGAAUUUGUACUAAAGGUGUCUAUGUCUGCGGAAAUUCCAGCACAACAUCAGGAUUAACGGUGACCCUCACCAAGGAAAAUGGUACAAACGACUUUGCCCUGGAGCCAGGAGCCCUGGUUCUCGCAGACAAGGGCACAUGUUUCAUCGACGAAUUCGAUAAAAUGCCGACCCAACAUCAGGCCCUGCUGGAGGCAAUGGAGCAGUCGAGUGUCUCAGUGGCAAAAUCCGGGAUAAUCUGCUCCCUCCCAGCUAGGACUUCGAUAGUAGCAGCAGCAAAUCCGAUAGGUGGAAAAUACAAUCGAGCAAAAAGUUUCACCGAGAAUUUGAACCUCAGUGAACCCCUCCUUUCACGAUUCGAUCUUAUUUUCCUGCUGUUGGACGAGCCCAGCGAGCAGAUGGACACUCUCAUGUGCGCUCACGUGAUGAACGCACACACUGGCUUCAAAAAAGUUUAUCCAACUCGUUCAACAUCGAAUCUCUCUGAGUUCAACGUUGGCAGAGCCAAUCAGACGCUCACUACAGCCCUCACGCUGAAGGAGAGGCUGUCCUUGAAAGGAAAUAAAGAGGAUCUGGUCCCUCAGUCAAUUCUCAGGAAGUACGUGUCGUACGCAAGGCUCUAUGUGAAGCCCAAACUGACACCUGAAGCUGCCAACAGACUCCGGGACUACUAUCUCCUUCUUCGGCAGAAUAAUAACAUCUUUGGACAUCUUCCUGUCUUCCACAGACAGCUGGAAGCGUUGAUACGACUGACUGAGGCACGAGCGAAACUGGAGCUACGAAUUGAAGCCACUGAUGCUGAUGCACAGGAGAUCAUUGAGAUUUAUAAACACACACUGGCUAGUAUUCCCUCGAUUGGGACUUCUGGCCCCUCGUUGAGUCAUGAGUCUGGGAGAAUUACUAAAAAUAAAGUAUCAGCGUUUAUCUCGUUGCUGCAGCAGCAUCAGCAGGAGAGGGAGCAAAGUCUCUUUUCGAAGACUGAUCUUAUGGAAAUAGCAACUCAGGGAGGAAUCAUCAUCAAUGAGUUUUCGAGGUUCAUUGGGAAGCUCAAUGACGAGGGGUACUUGAUCAAAAGGGGGCAUGAUUUGUACAAAUUCGUCAAUAUGUAAUUUUGUGUAUAGAUUAAUAGGGUGGUUUUACUGGCUGGAUUGUAAAUAUUGGGGUAAUAAAGAGACUGAAAAUAUU